CAGCUGACUGAAGCAGGGAAGCCGAGCCAAUCAGAGGCCGCUUUCCUAGCUCUGUCACCAGUCUGUGGUUGAGGAAGGCUUUUGCUUCUUAUGCUCUGUAUAAGGGGAGGCAGAUAAAAUGCCAGGUCUGGACUGCCUCUGGGGAUAACCUCACCCUGUGGGAUGUGAAUGAAUAGCAUCUUGCCUGCUAAAUUUCCAGGGAUUGAUAAGGCAAGGCGCAGUUUUCCCAAAGAGGCCUUUUUCUUUUUUAGCUCUGGCUGUGGUUUCUGCAGCAGAUUUGUUUUUGCCUUAAAAGAGGUGCUGUGGAUUGUCAGACCUCCAUGUAUGACAGUUUGUACCUGCAUGGAGUUGAAGACUCGGAGGCUGAAGAAUAAUGUGAUGUGUUACCCAAGAUGGUGUGAACAGAGCUUCAAGCCAAUGGAGAAGACUAGGCCCAAAUAGCUGAGCCGGUGGAGUGCCAGAUAAAGCCACACCUGGAGUGCCACAUCCUCGGCAGUCCCUCUCAGGGCCAAUGCAUUUAUGGCUGGUUCAGCAGAUUCCUAUACAAGCAGGCCGUCGGAUUCCGAUGUCUCUUUGGAAGAGGACCGGGAAGCGAUUCGGCAAGAGAGAGAACAGCAAGCAGCUAUCCAGCUUGAGAGAGCUAAGUCCAAACCUGUAGCAUUUGCCGUGAAAACGAACGUGAGCUACUGCGGCGCCCUGGAUGAGGAUGUGCCCGUUCCCAGCACAGCCAUCUCCUUUGACGCCAAGGACUUUCUUCACAUCAAAGAGAAAUAUAACAACGAUUGGUGGAUAGGAAGGCUGGUCAAAGAGGGCUGCGAGAUUGGCUUCAUCCCAAGUCCGCUGCGGCUGGAGAACAUACGCAUUCAGCAAGAGCAGAAAAGGGGCCGAUUUCAUGGCGGGAAAUCGAGUGGAAACUCUUCCUCCAGUCUCGGAGAAAUGGUGUCAGGGACGUUUCGAGCGACCCCCACAACAACAGCAAAACAGAAGCAGAAAGUGACGGAGCACAUCCCUCCCUACGAUGUUGUGCCGUCCAUGCGCCCGGUGGUGUUAGUGGGGCCAUCCCUGAAAGGUUAUGAGGUAACAGACAUGAUGCAGAAAGCCCUCUUUGAUUUCCUGAAGCACAGGUUUGAUGGGAGGAUAUCAAUAACAAGAGUGACAGCUGACAUUUCUCUUGCUAAGAGGUCUGUCCUCAACAAUCCCAGCAAAAGAGCAAUCAUUGAACGCUCCAACACCAGAUCCAGCUUAGCGGAAGUACAGAGUGAAAUUGAAAGAAUUUUUGAAUUGGCGAGGUCUUUGCAACUGGUUGUUCUUGACGCAGACACCAUCAACCACCCAGCACAGCUUAUCAAGACGUCCUUAGCCCCCAUCGUUGUUCACGUGAAAGUCUCCUCUCCGAAGGUUUUACAGCGGCUGAUUAAGUCCAGAGGAAAGUCUCAGAGCAAACACUUGAAUGUUCAACUGGUGGCAGCCGAUAAACUGGCCCAGUGCCCUCCUGAAAUGUUUGAUGUUAUAUUAGAUGAGAAUCAGCUGGAGGAUGCGUGUGAGCAUCUGGGCGAGUACUUGGAGGCAUACUGGCGUGCCACCCACACAAGCAGUAGCACCCCCAUGACCCCAUUGCUGGGGAGGAAUGUGGGCUCCACAGCCCUUUCACCAUAUCCCACAGCGAUCUCUGGAUUACAGAGUCAGCGAAUGAGGCACAGCAACCAUUCUACGGAGAAUUCUCCCAUUGAGAGACGAAGCCUAAUGACCUCUGAUGAAAAUUACCACAACGAGAGGGCUCGUAAGAGUAGGAACCGCUUGUCCUCCAGCUCCCAGCACAGCCGAGACCAUUACCCUCUGGUGGAAGAAGAUUACCCCGACACGUACCAGGACCCUUACAAGCCCCAUAGGAACCGAGGCUCGCCUGGGGGAUACAGCCAUGACUCCCGACACAGGCUUUGAGGCUGCCGGAACAAACAAACAAAACUACUCAUCUGUUGACAAUUUGCCAUAGCACUGCUAGGAUAAAUCAAUCAUCUUAAUUUGGCAAGCACAGCACAGCAUCUGCUGUGCGGUGGGCUGCGGUCAUUUGAUCUAAGGGGCAAGAAUUAAAUAGAAAUACUUUAUGCCCUUGAGUCUAGAUGGGUAUUCGAUGCCCAGUCAUAUAGGUAUUUUUAAGUGCUACAUUUACAUGAUAACAGUACCUUUUGUUUUCUUCAUAGAUUUUAGACACAUCAAUUUGUAAUUUAGGGUACUUAUCAAGGCACAUAUAAAAUAAUUUCCCGUGUAGGAAAUUCCAAAUGACCAGUUCCAGUUGGAACCAAUUUAUAAACCAAUUCCUGUUGGAAUUUGGGAGAAUUGACUGGAAAGUCUACUUGAGCAUGUUGAAAUCAAUUGAAAAAUCAGAAAAAAAAAACCCAAUAAGAAAAUCAAAAUAUUAAUAGAAACCCAAAACCAGCUGUGGUAUUUAUUUGCUGAAAGCUAAAUUUCUACUUCAAGUUGGAAAGUGUAAACAUUUUAAUAAUAUGUUAAUGUUGCCAGAAUGGCUUUUCAACCUUACCAAAUGUAUUGAUAGUGCCAAAAAUCUCAGAAAUCUUAAUGCAGAAAUUAUAUAAUCGCCUCAGAUUCUAAUAUUUUUAUUUUUCCUGAUACAGCUGUCGUAUUCCAAGUUAUUUUGCUUUCUGUUCAGUCAGUACUGUUAGUCAGUUCGAAGCUAACAAAAUAAGGGGGAAAGGAGUUUAUUGGCAAUGAGAAUAAGAAAGAGAAACCCAGGCAUGGCUAGUUACAGGACAUGGGAAAUGAGGUGCUGUUUCUCCUGUAAUCAGUCUGUGUACAACUACACACAUCUGGAGAUCUGAAGUCAGAUAGCAGAGAUGUGGCCAGGCCUUCCUGGGACAAAGGCAGUCGGCUCCAGAUGGGAAGUCAUCUGUGCCACCACACCCAACCCUGGCACAGGAGUUCUGCCAGCAUAGCUCAGUGUCCUUCCCUGACUACAUUCAGUAUCUGUCUUUGACUAUAAAUAAUGUUUUAGGAAUACACCACAGUUUUUAAAUCAAACUAACAACCUUUUUUUGUUUGUUUUUCAUGGACAUAAUCAAAUUUGGUACUGAAAGUUACGUUUUCGCAAGAAAAACUAAUUGGGAAAAGUUAAAACACUGAAUUAAAAUCUUGCAGGAAGUAAGGCACUUUUAACGUGGGGCCCUAGAGAAUUUGGGGACUGCUGUGUUUCAGUGCUAGUGAACAGCCUUUAGAUUUCCAAUGAGUGUAUAUUUGGAAUUGGUGACCCAUAUCCUAAAGAUUAAAGAAGACUUUAAUCCAAGAAAUUAUUGAAAUUGACUCUUUUAUACAAGAAACAAAUGUCUUUAUGAAAGGACUUGUUUCUAAAAUGACACAAUGCAUGUGUUUUCUAAAACCCCAACUGAAGCUAGACAUAAAGGUCUCUUUCUACUAACAAAUGCCUUCAAGUCAAUGUUUUGAAAACAAGUACAAUUAACUUUAUAUUGUUAUUUUCUUCCAAAAUUUCAAGACCUGGGCCCUCAAAGCCAUGUAUCAGUUCAUUCAUUUUCCUGAUUGAGAGAAAACGUUUCCUAUUCUUGACCAGUUGUUCAUAUCUCUAGUCCCCUCGACCUCAUGUGCCCUCCCCUCGUCUUGACUGUAUGUGCACCCCGUCAUGUACCUGCUCACCUGAUAAUGAGGCUGCCCGAGAUCUUGUAAGUAAUCUCACACAUUUGAGACAUUUGAACAUGGCCUCAGUCAAAUAUACAAGCUGACAUCUGAUCCCGGCUUGCCAUCUCUUUUGUCAUCUAGCGAAGCUUACAGAAUUUUCUGUUAAGACAUUUAAGAGAGCUGUAUUCAUUGGGCUCUUUAUUAAGCAUAUAAUCUUCCAUUACUGAAUACUUUGUUAGAGCACAGAAGAGCAAUCUCCAGCAAACAAACUCUAUUUAUUACAUGUAUAGCACAUAUUUGCAUGAGAAAGAAAACAUUAGCCAAACAUUUUCCUGUAUGCUUUUACUGGUUUCUUGUUUGUGUGCAUAAAAGCAUUCAAUUGCGGAGAGUACACUCGGGUGUAUAAAUUUAGAAUAGACUGCUGUUCAGCUUUUUCUGCAGUAGCAUUAGCAAUUUGGUCAUUUAACUACUUUAAGAUAUUUAUAUUUUAUGGCAGGUAGCUGUAACAGCACUUACAUAUACUUCCUAGUGAACAAAGGUACCAUUUCUUUCAACUUUGAAGAUUCACUUGUUUUUCAAACCUCUCCAGCUUUUCUUUUUCCCCUUUUUGCUCUUCCAUGUCAUGCUGAAAGAGGGAGGCCCAUUUAAUCUGUACACAAAACUCAUCCAUCAUUAGCCAUCAAAAGUUCAUACCUAGUUUGCUUUGCAGUCCUGUCCAAAAGCUAAUAACAUUUAAAAGGGUAAAAUGUAUCUUUUUGAUGGAUGUAUUUACUAUUUCAUUUUAAUUUGGCAUAUCUUUCAUCUUCCUCCUCUAAGUUUCUCUCCUCCAAAAGAAGAAGAGAUAUGACUCUUACUUUCCUUUUAAAUGCUCAGAGUUGCUUGUGUAAAUGACAGAAAUCCAAAUAUAUACCAAAUAAAAGUUUUACUUUUGUGCAAUAUACCAAGAACCUCUAAGAAAUUCCACAGUUACUUUGUUUUAAUUCAUUUCACUCAAAAUGGCAAAUUAUGACAAGCAAGAGAACUAUUUCUGCAUCAUUGGAGGCUGUUUUCACUUACAGAAUAAAUCACGGUAGAAUUCUGUGGUUCUUUAUGAUCAGUAAUAAUGCAGACUCAUCCAGCUAUGAGGAACUGUAGUCCUGGGAAAGGAAGAAAUGCGCUUUGUGGGUCCUUGUGCUUAUUCCCAAGGUUAUACUGUUACGCCACCAUCAUAAUCAACACUGUUACCUUGUUUAUGCUAACACUUAAAACAAAGCCUAGUAGUGUUUACGAUUUGCUCUCAUCUCUAUAUAGCUCUGAUGGGGAGAUUUGGAUUGCUAGCGAUUAGAGGCAUGGUUGUCCUAAAAAGACUCUGAAUUGUGUGGCUAUUCAAAUCAUUGCAUUUCAUCCUUAAUGGAAUGAGUUUGAAAGUCUGAAACAAAUUGAGACAACAAUUAGUUCUACUUUAAAUGGUGUGUUAUUUACUCCAAUUUAUUAUUGUUGUUUGCAGAAAUGUAUUUUUGGAAUGUUAACCUCUUCAUACCUGCAUACUUGAACUUGUCUUUUGUGUGGGGGCCUUAAAUUUCAUAAUAGAAGAAUGGGGGAAACAAAAGGGGAAUGAAGACAAGGAGACUGUGGCAAAAGAAGCUCGCCAUCUUCAGCUCUUUAAAUGAACAAGAUAUGGAGACAGUAUGUCUCCAAGAUAUGGAGACAGCAUGUUAGUUAAGAAUGUUCUAGGCAACCUUAAUUUGCAAGCUAGUAUAUUUUCUUAUAUAAUUUUAUUUUGCUAUUUGCUAAAAACAGAAGAACACAAUACCAACAUACAAACUGCCCUAUCUCUCUGAUGAUAUGUGCACUACCUCUUCUCUAGAGAAAACAGUCUAUCUGUAAAGGGAAACGUCCUGGUUGUAGAGCGCUUGUUCUGACAACUUUGCCGCAGUUGAUGCUUAAAGGUGUUGAGAUACAGCUGCCCUGUAGAUUUACAUGGUGUUCAAAUGCUUUCACCAUGAUUUCAUUUCCAUGUCAGUAAGAUUUUCUUGGCAUUGAUUUAUGACUUAUCAUGACAUGAGUUUAAGAAGAAGCCAUCCUAGGAAAGAAAGCAAACUGAAAGGAACUAACUCUGUGUGCAAAGGGUGGCCUAUAGGUCUGAGGAAGAGAACUUCAGAGACCUGCUGUUUUAAAGGCAGAGCUGGUUGGUCCUCGCCUUGUGUGGGCAAGGAGGGUGUGUUGUAGCCACUUACUGGGUGUGGAUCUGCACUGUCUAGAACUCUCAUGUAAUUAGAACAAAAGUCUUAUCAAUGUUUCAAAUAAAUGCUUCUGUAACCCUUAUUCCUUUAUAUUUGCCUUUGUCUUUCAUGACAGUGUUACACUUUUUAAUUAUAUAAAACUCAUCCUUGAAUAACCACGAGUGAAAACUUUACAGGAAAUUAUGUAACAAAAUGUGUUUUAUUAGUCCCUUAUAUCUUUAAACAUUGUCAACACUGUAACUGUUAUCUAGGCUAUCGACUUCAGCUGUGUCUGUGUGGCAUCCACCAGUCCUUCUCUUUGAAAUCAUAAUGAUGAUUAAACCAGUCAACGUAAGAGCUGUUAGGUGGACAUAAAGAAUAACUUCUUGUUGAGUUGAGAAAUCUAGUUAAUCGAAAUAGCAAAACUAGCUCAUUUGGGCAGAUAGCCACAGCAUUCAGAAAUAAAUCUUCAAGAUUUCUUCUUGUGUUAAAAGAGUCUUUCUCCAAUGAAAUGCACCCUCUGAUAGCAAUGUUUUUAUCUACUUGUAGAUAAUUUAAUUCCAAAUGCUGCAUGUCAUGAAAGUAUAUUAUGAGGAGAUUAGAAAGUAUCUCAUCGGAUAAUCUUAAUUAAGGGCUGUAGCUCCCACUUGCCAUAAAUACAUAUAAAUAAGAGGGAACAGUGCUGAGCUUUGGGGAGUUAUAAUUUUCCAUGAAUCUUUCUUUUUGGUGGAUGUAAAAUGUUCACACAGAGAGGGAAGAAAAUGUCACCAGUGAAUUCAAAAUAGUUUAAGGAAUACACUGAUUCUUCCUCGUUUGAAAGUUGUAAAGAGUUAAAAUGGGAGCUGGGAGCUGACAGUAACAGGCCUCUAGCUUUUCAAGCAUUCUGAGUUAUAUUUUGAACACUUCACUCUCCCAACAAAUGGCUAUAUCUAUAUUUAUGCAGGGGCCUUUCUCGCCCUACUCGCAUGCCGCCUCACACACUUCACCGAGAUCAGUGUGAAUUCCGUAUGCACAGGGAUAUUACCGACGCGGGGUCAUUAAUGCUAUAUUGUUGCAUACUAUUUUUUAUAUGCCUUACAAUAUUUUCUGGGAUGUUAUCAAAAUGAAAGCAUUUUAUUGCCAAAACAAACCUAUGUUGUUACUUCUGCAUUAGCAGUAGAAAAAUAAUGUAGCAAAAAUAUAUAUUGUACAGUACAAAAUUAUAAUAUAUAUAUAUAUAUUUUGCCAAUAAAUGAAAAUAGAUUGAGGAGAAAGAAGCACAUUUGUUAUAGCACAAACUUACAACAAAACCCACUGUUAAAUUUGGCAGUCCUGUUUUUAGAAGUACGUAGAUUUGGUUCUGUGUUUUAUCAUAUUUAUUUCAUCUCUCAUCUUUGCAACUUUGCUGCUUGAUGUUUUCCAGCAACUUAUUUCAUAGCCUUCGAUCUGUGAGUGUAAUUUACUUAUUUUUUCCUUACAUAAAACAUAGGAAUUUUAGUUUGUGUUAAGACUCAUACUAUAUUACUAUAUUUUCUGUUCUUGUUUCUCCUCCUUUGUUAACAAAUGGCACACAGUUGAGCUCACGGCUCCUCUGGGCUUUGGAUGUUUGAAAGUUUAUGUUUUUCCCAGCCUCAAGUUAGAGAUCAGUAAAAUGUCCCCAUGGAAAAAUAUUAAGUAGGGGAUUUGUUUUGUUUUGUACUUGAUACUAUUGAAGCAUAAGUUAACGCCAUUAGCUGUAUUUUUUUAAGUGGUGGGAGGGAAUAAAAAAAUAACAUUACUAAUAGGAAACAUACUAAAAAUAAUAAUGGUGAAAUGAUAUAAAAAGAUUCCCCCCUAUUCCGAGGGCUGUUGAUAAUCCCAGGCUAUUCCUACGUCUCUGCUGAUGUGGUCGGGAAAAUGCCUUUGUCAAAUAACUUUCCUUUUAUUUUGGUUAUUUAUUUUCAUAAUUUGUCCCUUUCGUUUUUGUUAUAUAGGUAUGCAUAGCGUUCUGCAAGGCAUGCUGGGUAAAAUACACUAUGCAAAUGUAUGUGCUGCAUGCUUUGUUCCUUCUGCUCUAGUGGCUUCCAAGAAAAAAAUGUGGUGUUAUUUUUGUGAACAAAGACAUUUAACAAAGAAAAUGCAGAGUGCAUGCAUACAGUAUCCUAAUUUCUAUGGAUUUGUUUUAUGGAAUUUAAAUGUGUACAAAAAACUGCAUUCAUUUUUUUCUUUUAUAUAAUAAAUUAAAAAAAAAUACUGAAACCAGCAUUCUACCUCUCAUUUAUAUUCUGGAAAUGUACAGAGGAAAUGCCAGA